AUGACAAUCAGACAGAUUCCUUCAAAUAGUACUUCUGAUCAGUACGAAGAAUACUUCGAACAACUCCCCAAGAAGGAAUUCAAACUCCCCAUCCAAGAAGAAGAACUAAUAAACGAUGACUUGGAAAGAAACAUAAGUUCUGCAAGUUCCCAAGAUGAAAAUGAUUCAUAUAACAUCGAUGGUAAAACUGAAGGUACUCGUCUAAAGAAAGCCCUAAAGGCCCGUCACGUCUCAAUGAUCGCCAUCGGUGGUUCUCUAGGGACAGGUCUGUUAAUCGGUACAGGUACAUCUCUAGCAUUGGCAGGUCCAGUAUCCACUUUAAUCGCUUACGCAUUCGUUGGACUUCUAGUCUUCUUCACUAUGGCUUGUUUAGGUGAAAUGGCUACAUAUAUCCCAUUAGAUGGGUUCACUAGUUAUGCAUCCCGUUAUUGUGAUCCUGCUUUAGGUUUCGCGGUCGGUUAUGCUUAUCUUUUCAAAUAUUUCAUCUUACCACCAAAUCAAUUGACCGCUGCUGCUUUAGUCAUUCAAUAUUGGGUCGAUAAGGAAAAAGUUAACCCAGGUGUUUGGGUUACUAUCUUUUUAGUCGUUAUUGUAUCUAUUAAUGUCUUUGGUGUUAGAUUCUUUGGUGAAUUCGAAUUUUGGUUAUCUUCAUUUAAAGUUCUUGUUAUGCUUGGUUUAAUGCUUCUAUUAUUCAUCUUAAUGUUAGGUGGUGGACCUGAUCAUGAUAGAUUAGGUUUCAGAUAUUGGAGACAUCCAGGUUCAUUUAAAGAAUAUUCUGAGACAAUCACUGGUGAUACUGGUAGAUUUGUUGCAUUCGUUUCUGUUUUCGUUUACGCCACUUACGCUUAUUUAGGUAUUGAAUUAACUGGUAUUGUUGCCGCUGAAGCUCAAAAUCCAAGGAAAAGUAUUCCAAAGGCAAUCAAAUUAACCAUGUACCGUAUUGUUAUCUUCUAUUUAAUUAGUAUUUUCCUAUUGGGUAUGUGUGUCGCUUAUGAUGAUCCAUUAUUGAUUAAGGCUAAAAAUUCAAGUACCUCUGCUGCUGCCUCUCCAUUUGUUGUUGCAAUCAUUAACUCUGGUAUUAAUGCACUACCCCAUAUUAUUAAUGCAUGUGUCUUAGUUUUCGUGUUCAGUGCAUGUAACUCUGACUUGUAUGUCUCAUCAAGAUCUCUUUACAGUUUGGCUAUUGAUAACAAAGCUCCCAAGAUCUUUGCGAAGACAAACAGAUGGGGUAUUCCAUACUAUGCUCUUUCUGUUUCAGUUCUAUUUUGUUUAUUAGCUUAUAUGUGUGUUUCUUCUGCAUCUGCUAAGAUCUUUAACUAUUUUGUUAACGUCGUUUCCAUCUUUGGUAUUUUAAGUUGGAUUUCAAUCUUAAUCACUUACAUUUGCUUCGAUAGAGCUGUUCGUGCUCAAGGUGUUGACAAAUCUACUUUCGCUUAUGUUGCACCAUUCCAACCAUACGGUGCUUGGUUUUCAUUAUUCUUUUGUUGCUUAAUUGCCUUGAUCAAGAAUUUUACAGUUUUCUUAAACCAUCAAUUCGAUUAUAAGAACUUCAUUACCGGUUACAUUGGUUUACCAGUUUUCUUCUUUUGUUAUUUUGGUUAUAAAUUCACAUACAAGACUAAGGUUAUUGAUCCAUUAAAGGUUGAUCUUUACACAUUCAAAGCAGCCAUUGAUCAAGAAGAAGAAGAUGGUAAGAUGGCUGAUGCAGAAAAGGCUGAAAGAAUUAAACAAAAUGGUAAGAACUUUGAAUGGUUCUACGAUAAAUUCUUGGGUAAUAUCUUCUAA